AAGCAGGGCCUUAAGGCCUUUCCGCACCAGCGAAAAAGUUGUUUAUUCAGACAAAUCUCCUGUCAUAACAAACAUUUUACAUGUGGAAAUGUGGCCGUGGCGGACAGAUCUUAAAACGCACCCCUGAAAAAAUUUGUCCCGGGUAGGAACUGGACAAAAACCGUUCAAAUAAACAAAACCGUGAUAAACUAGUAGAUCAUUUGAAGUAAAAGCUUCAGCGACCAGCGUGUAAUUGAACUGAAAUCAGUUUACUAGAGAGGAAAAAAUUGCCUUUUGUAAUUAUAAAAUUUUAAGACGACCUAGGAUAAAUCCUGGAAAUUGGAGGUGGAAUCACAAGCGGUAAAACUAUGCUAGUCGGUUUUAUGAACAAAUCAGGCGCGGACGGAAUCUGACGGCUUUGAAAUUUUUAAUGCGAACGCAACAUAUGAAACAAAAAUUUGUCCUUUGAUUUUGUCGGGACAAUUCCAGUUUUGUCUGCUAGUGCGGAAAGGCCUUCAUUCCAUAAACUCUCUUUCACUGCUAAAUUUCCAUGAGCCCAUGCUGAUAAGCAAAGCGAUAUAAUAUACAAUUCUCGAACCCCUUAUUAUGAGCAAAAUAACCUUGCAUGUCCUCACCAAGCCCCAUUUCAUUCCGUCAUUAAACGUAAAUGAGUUUUGCAUCUUAAAAGUCAUUCUAUUUACGGACUGGAAAGGCGUGCCAAAUGUAAUCAUCAAUCCUCACUGAGUUGUGACGACAGUGGCACUCUUGUAAACACAACGCGAAACCUGUAGAAUUUUUUUUUCAUACAGGUUUUCCUCCUAGUAGAAGAUUUAUCAUCUCAAGAAUUAGCAAAGUUUCCUGGUUUAUGCACGUAGUAUAUGUUUUAUGACGCGUUUGCGUUAAAUAACCUUAAAUGUAAAGUUGCGAUUGUAGGGAAGGACGUUUUCCCCCACGUCACUGAGUGGGUUGUGACGGCAUUUAGGUCAUCAUGCGACAUGCGUGCGUUACAUUCCUUAAUGAAAGUUUUACUCAGUGAUUUUUAUUCCCAAAAUAGCCCACGCUGAAGAAGUAUGGAUGUAUUUAAACUCUUUGGGUUCCUGACUCUCCAUAAGAGCUUCAAAGCUCUGAGGUACUGCAUACCAUCUCCUGUAACUCGAUUCAAAUGGAUUUCCGUCACAAAAAGGAACAUCUUUCCUUCUCCAUCGAGAAUAUUCUACGAGACGACUUCUCCCGCGGGGUGAGGAAUAACAGAGUGAAACUAAUGCCACCUAGGUCAACUUUUACGAAGCGUUUGGACAGUGCAUCUUACCAAUUGCAUGGAGUUCAUUAUUACAGACCAAUGAUUGUUAGAUAUUUGCCCGUUAUUUAUAAAUUGGAUGCACGAUGUUUACGCUUUAAUGAGGGAAAUGAACAGAAUAUAGUGACUCAGAAUCCCGCCAAUGACAAAGAUAUUUCGGGUUUCGAGGACGAUUCUUCACUUCAACAUAAAGAAGACGCCAAAACAGACGGAAAUGGCGAUGAAAAUCCCAAACCAUUUAAGAUGGACGUCGGCGAGGACCUGACCCCCAAAAGGAAGCGAAGACACCGGAGCCAUUUCACUCAACAUCAGCUCCAACAUCUCGAAAAAUUGUUUUCCCACCAAAAAUAUCUAACCCGAGACGAGCGCACGCUGUUGGCGAGAGGACUGGAAAUGACAGAACUUCAAAUUAGAAACUGGUUUCAGAACCGGAGAUAUAUGGAAAGAAAAAGCGUUAAAGAAUGCGCGAAACAAGUCAAAGCUAAUGAACUUUAAAGACCGAUGUGAGUUAGAGAACAUUGACGAUUUUCGUCGAGGAGCUGCAAUUAAAAUUAGACAUUGCAUGAAGAAUUUAUUUAUAUAAUGGUAUAGUUAGGUUAUUCAAAGAAAUGAAGCAAAUGGAAAAGA